CAAGGUUUCCCAUCUCCUCAAAAGUAUAUCUGCCGUUGUGAUUUAAACUCCACUCUGGGAGACACAUCGAUCUGCAGGUUGAACAUGGUGGUCGUAUGCGGUUGGACACAUGGAGGAGAGAAUCAUUUCCUCAGUUUCCUCAAAACCGUGUCUUUUUGAAACAACUGCUGACAGCUACAGGGACAUAAACACAAACAUGCUGCCUGGAGACAAGUGUCCAUGAUAGUAGGAUCGCCAGAUCUCCAGGCUCAAAGCGUCAGUCCACCAGCUGAAUACUCAGUCAGACUGGUGGAUGGGACCACUUCCUGUUCUGGGACAGUGGAAGUCUUCUAUGAAGGAGAGUGGACAGGUCUAUGUCCUAGUGGGUUGUGGAGCAUAAUGGGAAAGACGUGGUUGUGGGACAUGAGAGAGACCAAGGUUGUGUGUAGAGAGCUGGACUGUGGGAAUCCUUUAUCUGAAUCUAGAGGACCUCUGAUUGAAGAUGGAAGAAGAGGAGUCACACUAUAUAGGUGUAGUGGAGAUGAGUCUUCUAUUAGACAGUGUGACAUCAUAGAAAGACCUGGUGUCUGUGAUGGUGGAUAUUAUCAUCAUGUGACCUGUUCAGAGUCUGUGCGGCUUGUGGAUGGAGCUGGUCUCUGCUCUGGGAGAGUGGAGGUGAAGUCCAAUCAGUCCUGGGCCUCAGUGUGUGAAGCUGACUUUGACCGGCAGGAUGCAGAGGUAGUCUGUAGGGAUGUUGGCUGUGGGGCUCCUGCAGCUCUACAGGGGGGGCUCUAUGGAGGAGGUGGGGGUCAGACCUGGGAUAAAGAGUUCCAGUGUAAAGGCAAAGAGUCCCUUCUCCUGGACUGUGACACCUCAGACAGAGAGAACAACACCUGCCUACCUGGUAAUGCUGUUGGACUCACCUGCUCAGAGCCUGAUGAUGUGAGGCUGGUGGGAGGAGGCAGUCGCUGUGCUGGUGGAGUGGAGUGGUACGACCAGGGAGAGUGGAGGACUGUGGGAUCUUUCUCUAACGUGAUGUCUAUAGCUGAAGUAGUGUGUAGACAGAUGGGUUGUGGCUCCACUGUUUCAGUACUACCUGGAAACACCACUAGAGGGAAAAACAUUAUCUGUUCUGGGUCUGAGUCUUCACUGAGGGAGUGUUGGAGAAGUUAUUAUCUCCGUCCUGGACUCACAGUGAUCUGCUCAGAUCUCCUGGUCCAGCCUGAUAUCUUCCUGACUGACCCAAUGGGAGGGGUCUCCAGGGGCCACCAGGGGCCUGAGAUGUUCAGGGGCUACAACUUCACCAUCACCUGCUCCACUCAGCCACAGUACCCAGGAGGCUCCUUCCUCCUCACGUUCACCGGCUCCAACAGAACCCAGACCCAGCCAGCUGUCAAUCACUCUGCUGCCUUCCUCUUCCCUGCUGCAGAUGACUCCCACCAAGGGAACUACAGCUGUGUUUAUGACAAUUAUGUUUUCUCUCAUAACUUCUCCUCUGAGAGUGAGCUCCUCCCCCUCGCCAUCACAGCCUCUCCUCUGCCAGCCUUCAUCAUCAGACACGUUGUAGUGCUGCUGAUCCUACUGACAACCAUCACCACCUCCUACCUGUACUACAAGGUAAAGACAUUUACUCAGACGUUACAACCCACCAGGAGGCAGAAGAGAGUGAACAGGGUGAGCAGCAUGGAUCUUGAUGUCAAUGCCAUGGAGAUGGUCUCUCUGAGCUCCAGAGCUGAAGCUGGACCGGGAGAGGAGAGAGCAGCCCAGGGGACGGAGUAG